AUGCGUCUGUCGCAGAUGAACGGCGGCGCCCGCUACUCCCCCGAGUGCGCCGACAACGACAUGACCUUCGACCCCAACGCGUCGUUCUCGUUGGAUUCGGUGCCGAGGGGCAGCAGCGCCUUUGACUUGGGCAUGGACCUGAACUCGUCGCCUGACCUCACUACAAGAAAAUCGCCCCAAAGCCAAAGGCCCAAACCCUCCUUCUCCCCUUCCUCCUCCGCGUGCUGUGCGGCCGCCUCAAUCGCCAUGUCCUUCCCCACGACCGGCGGCCCCGUCGGAGAGGACACGACGAUGCCUCCGACGAUGCUGCACGGGCUGGCACCGGAGACGCGGAGCACUGAAGACGAAGCGCGCCUCAUGUUCCUCUACGCCUUCCUCCCCAAGCCGCCCGUCUCCACAUCCCCUUCCCUCUUCUGCGCCGCCGCCGCCGACGACGACGACGACAAGAACGACCGCGUCAGCCGCCUCCCCGACGAUCUCCUCCUCCGCGUGGUCUCCCUCCUCCCCGCCAAGGACGGCGCGCGCACCACCGUGCUAUCCUCACGCUGGCGACACCUCUGGCGCUCCGCCCCGCUCGUCCUCGUCGACACCCACCUCCUCCGCGGCGAGCGCCGGCCCGCCCGCGCAGGCGCCGCCUCGCGCGCCGUCACCAGCGCCGUCUCCGCCGCCCUCGAGUCACACCCCGGGCCCUUCCCCUUCGCCAGCCUCACCUGCAGCUUCAUGAACACCGCCGACCGCCGCCUGCUCGCGCGCUGGUUCCAGCUCCUCGCCACCAAGGGCGUCGACGAGCUCGUCUUCGUCAACCGCCCCUGGUCCGUGCGCGGCCUGCGCCUCCCUGCCUCGCUCUUCAGCUGCGCCUCGCUCUGCCGCCUCUACAUCGGCGCCUGGGCGUUCCCGGACACCACCGCGCUCCCGCGCGGCGUCGCCUUUCCCAACCUUCACCAGCUCGCCCUUGGCUGUGUCGUCAUGGAGGACAAAGACCUCGACUUCGUGCUCGCCGUCAGCCCCGUGCUGGAGAUCCUCUCGCUCUUCGGAAGCCUCACCCCGUUGCGCGCUCGGCUCACGAACCACAGCCUACGGUGCGCGCAAUUCUGCUUGUCCAGCCUGGAGGAGGUCGCCGUGAUGGACUCCCCAAGCCUGGAGCGCUUCUUCCUCUGGAGAAAUUGGAAUGAGCGGCACGUCAAAAUUAGCGUCAAGAUUGGCCAUGCCCCCAAGCUGCGUGUGCUGGGAUACCUGGAGCCAGGAGUGCAUAUGCUGCAGAUCGGUAACACCAUCAUCAAGGCUGAAACAAAGGCGAGCACACACACCACUGUGUCAAGCGUCCAGAUGUUGGCUGUCCAACUGCAAUUUGGACUCCGCAGUGAAGUCAAGAUGCUUCCCAGCUUCCUCAAAUGCUUUCCUAGGGUUGAGACGCUGAUUGUCGAGUCUCUGGUACUUCGCGAUCCCACUAGCAGCAACCUUAGUCAGAAGAUCUGGCGGAAGACAAGUUCUAUUGAGUGUGUCCAAUCACACCUCAAGACUCUGGCUUUCCAUGAGGUACAAGGGGAUCAUAACGAGUUCGAUUUCCUCAUGUUUAUCGCGGAGAAUGCGCCGAAGCUGGAAAGGAUGUUCAUCGUGAUGAAAAAUGGCCUAACAGACACUGAGAGGCAAGUGGUGGUUGCCAGAGUGGGGGCUCUUUAUUCUACUAAUUGGGCUAGCAAGGACUGCAAAGUGCAAUUGAAGAUGAGUUGCUAUCCUAUAGGAGGUGGUUCUUGGAGCCUCCAAGCGGGAUCAGAUUUGUCAGUUGAUGAUCCUUUUGAGGCCUUUCCUGAAGACUAGGCCCUAUUGUGUUGUGUUGUGUUGCAGUAGGCACUGGUUUCAGGUGUAGGAGUAUGCUCUCUGAGGACUAGACAAAGUUGCAUUUUGUUGACAGUCCUGUUGGGCAGGGUUCUACUUCUAGUAGCUGCUUUAUUUGCUAAAUUUAUAUGUAAUAUAUUCUAUGGAGACUCUGGCUGCAGUUGCCGCUAUCUUAAU